AUGUCAGCAAGAACUCGAUCAUCACGUCGUGGUGAAGUGAGUGACUUGAAAGGGGCCAAUGGGUAUGCCUGGGAAGAUGAGUACCAAAGAUCAUGGGAUAUUGUGAAAGAUGAUGAGCAAGGAGGCAACUCAUUUGAAGCCAUGGUGCAAUCGAUUAUUGAAAAUAGAAAGAAGAAGAUAAUGAAAAAUCCCAGUACACCGUUUCAGAGAGGAAUUAUUCGAACAUUGAUUAUCAUUAUAGACGGAUCACUGGCGAUGAGUGAAAAGGAUUUGCGACCCACAAGGCUAUCUAUGACAUUGAAUUAUCUACAAGAGUUUGUUGUUGAAUUUUUUGACCAAAACCCUAUAUCGCGAUUGGGAAUAAUAUUGAUGAGAAAUGGUGUGGCCAAUUUAGUUAGUGAGGUAAGUGGCCUGCCACAAUAUCACGUCGACAAAAUAAGAAAUUUGAAAGCCAGACAACAUAAUAGAUUUGAACCAAAGGGAGAUCCUUCUCUACAGAAUUCCUUGGAAAUGGCUAGGUCUUUAUUGAAGUUUAAUUUCGGUUCUACAUCCAAUAAUUCAAAAAAUUCAAAGGAGAUAUUGGUGAUAUUUGGAGCUUUGUUUACAAGUGAUCCUGGUGAUAUCCACAAAACCAUAGACAGUUUAGUUAAAGAUGAGAUAAAGGCAAGCGUUAUAGGGUUAUCUGCCCAGGUGGCUAUUUGUCAAGAGUUAGUAAACAGGACUAAUAAUGAGCCACGUAACUCUCAAUCAAAACACUACGGUGUGAUCAUGAAUGAAUCACACUUUAAGGAAUUGUUGAUGGAAUCAGUGACCCCUUUGCCAUUGACUGAAAGUGAAAAACAAAUACAAGAAUCGGAGCAAAACGGUGUUCCAGUCUUGCGUAUGGGGUUUCCGACCAAAGUACAACCAACAUUGACAUCAGCUAUUGGUGGGUCCGACUACAUAGUUGAGUUUCCGCACUUGAACGCUUCUUUCCCAACCCAAGGCUCUGAAGAUUCCAAGGAUGUUGUGGAAAUUCAAACAAAUAAGCCAGCAGCGGCAGUAGCAACAACAUCUUCUUCAGUAAUUGGGUACCAAUGUCCUCAAUGUAAGUGUAAAGUUUGCAACUUGCCUACCAUAUGUCCUGUGUGUGGGCUAAUGCUAAUAUUAUCCACCCAUUUAGCAAGAUCAUACCAUCAUUUAGUCCCACUUGCUCCCUACAAAGAGGUGAAAGUGAGCCCAAUAUACGACAGCACAUAUUGCUUUGGGUGCCAAUUGAAAUUCCCUGAAGGUGUUAAGCUAGGGACACACAAGGGAACUUUAGAGUCGAUGACUAGUUCACGAUAUAGGUGUUUAAAAUGCUCACAAGACUUUUGUAUCAACUGUGAUGUUUUUGUGCACGAAGUUCUUCAUAAUUGUCCAGGUUGUGAAAACAAUUAA